UUGCCCUGAAAAGUAAAUCAAUUUUGAAAUUAAUAAUGGUGCGUCUAAAUUUAGUUGCAUUAACGAAACGAGUGCCCCUCAUUCAAUUCCGCAAGGGCGCUUUGACGGCACCAGGCAGCAAGGCGAGCCCAAGUCAGCAGGCAAGUUCAACGGAGUCGGGAGGCAAAAAGGUCACAAGUGGACCGGCGAUUGAGGACUGGGAGCUGCCUGCGCGUUUUGCCCGCAAAAAAAUUGAUCCGCUAGAAGCCGAAUACAUCAAUAAUGGCGGAAUACCCAACUGAAAAUGCCAACGACACGACUUUAGUGCUGCUCGAAUUAAGCUAAGAAUACCGAACGCGAAUGCCUUGCUAGCUACACAAUUUAUUGGAAUUAUUCAUAUUACGCGUGUCAGCUGUUUUAGCAUUCACACACACACGCAGCCAGCCCCAAAACACUCAAAUGUUUGUCGUCUAAUUUUUGUAGUAAAGAGUAAUUAAAUCAGAAUUAAUUCAAUGCGUGCAGCAAA